CCGUUCCGGUUGGUGACCAUUCAACAAAACUAGAUUCGAUGUGACGUAGCUCACUAGAGGCCGUUUAAUUUAUAAACAAGAAGGGCGUGACUUUCACCUGGAGCCAGUGUGUGUACAGAAGAUAGUAGGACUGAUAGCGAGGCAUAGACUGGCCACAUUAUCUUCUGUCGGACUGCCUAACACAACGUCUGCCGUUUUCGGAUAAUUAUCGUCCGCCAUUGCCACAUAUGAUCGGCUAAGGAAUUUUAAUUCCCAAUACUGAUCAGAUACAGGGCUGGCUUUGUAAAUGUGUGCAUCCUUGACUUUGAGAAAACCCGUGAUCGUUUGAACAAAAUGGCUUGGCCAGGUGUGUUGAAAGUGGCAUUUGUUCUGACUUUGCUGGCCUUGUUUUUCAUUACCGUCGGGUACCUUUUACCGUGGUGGUUCGUGGGAACCAACUUUUACCUGGGAGUGUUUUACGGUCUGGUCUGUAACCCAGGGGAUAUAUCUAGUGGAAACUGUACUGUCUUUUCAUACUAUGACCUACAACGGGAAAAUGCGGAUGCAGCUGCUAUAAUUGUCAAUAAUUUCUUCCUCAUCAUACAAGUCAUCACCUCAGUCGUGGUAGGUCUGACUCUAUUUGCCAGCCUCAUUCUUAUCGUCGGCGCAUGCGGGAACGUGAAGAGCAAAUGUCCAUACGUACUAGCCGCCAUCUUUCAAUUUUUUGGAGCCCUGGUUGCUGGCUUGACUGCCGGUGCCUUCGCCUAUGUCUAUGUCGUGAUUGUUGUCGUGUCGGAGUCCCACAAGGCGAUUGAUGGCAAAGUCUUCCCAUACUCCAUCCUUUCGUUCGGACUCGGUGGGUUUAUUCUAUUCAUCGCUUUCAUCUGCCUGGCUAUCGCUACAUGCACGUGGAGAAACAUGGAUGACGAUGACGACGAUGAUAUGAGUCCGCCCUAUCCGAUGGCGGAGUACGGGAAGAAUGGCUACGGCAACAGUGCCUACACGAGCGACAGUCGGCGCAACGACUAUGUAGUCCCCGGAAAUGCUCAGAAAUAUGGCUACGAUUCUAGAAACGAAUAUAGUAGUAACUCUAAAAAUGACUACAGCAAAUCUAGAAAUGACUAUUCAGGAUCUAGGUAUGACUAUUCAGGAUCAAGGAAUGACUAUUCAGGAUCAAAGAAUGGUUACCAAUCUAAGCAGGAUUAUCCAUACAGGAAUGACAAUAUGUACAGGCCGUACAAUAACUCCGGGUCUCGGUACUGAGACCCAGGGGGCCGGGAGAGACAGAACCCGCGGGAGCGGCGAUUGAAAUUACCAAUUAGCGACAUCUGGCGUUAGCGUUCGCAAUCUGUACAUAUAUAAUAGAACGGGUAAAUAUAGUAUGGAGACUUUCUAUACAAGAUCAGGAAGUUUUACAUAUCUGAUGUCAACAGCGCAUAUAAGAAAUGAAUGCAAGCCAGUCGAACAAUAGAAUUGAAUGUCAGAUGAAUAGCUGAAUAAGAGAGUUGUGUGCUUCUAUACCAUUUCGAUAUUGAAUAUCAUUUUACUUAUUUGCGAGUGACAAACAUACUGUAAACUGUAAUCAUAAAUAGAAAUAACACCCAAUCACACAGGACAAAUUAAAUGUUGGCUUGAAAGCGGACGCUAAUAUAACGCUCUGUGUCCGAUGUGUGUUAUUUUUGCAACAGAAAAAUGACUUAAUUUUUUUUAUUUUAUAAUUAUAUAUUUUGAGACGUUUUGUACAUUUAUUUGAUACAUACAUUUAUUAAAUGAAAUAUAUUUGAA